ACUUUCACUGGUUUUCUUACCUAUUCACACAAUAAUAUCAAGAUGAAUCUAAUUUCUAAUCAGUGCUAUAAUUAUCAUUAUCAUCACAUUUUUCUCAGAAGCUUGUGCUAAUAAAUUCAGUUCAAAAUUGUUUAUUUUCAUUGAUCUUGGUUCUUUAAUUCUUGGUUACCUUUGAUGGUUUUUUUCUGACCCUUUUUUUAUUCCGUUGAAAUGUACUUCUUCACUCUAUUAACAUUAGCUUACUGGACUUCUAAUUGUUAUGGUUACCAGAUUGUUUCUGGUAAAAGCCUAGUUUAUGCUGGUAAUUACAGUUAUUAUAUGUACAAAUCAACAAAUCGCCUGAGAGUCAUCUUAACUACGCUGAAGGGUGAUGCAGAUCUCUACAUAGCCAAGGACCGUGUUAAGCCCACCGUUGAUUUAGAGAGUUAUCAAUUGCAAAGUGUCUCUUGUGGUAUUGAUAUUGUCGAUAUUCCAGACAACUUUGGCCCUGAUUUCACUAUUGGUGUUUAUGGUCAUCCAUCUUUCGACUAUUCGGUUUAUCAAUUAGAUAUUGUCAGUUACACCGAAGGUGAAGAUAUAAGUGCUCAUGAAAAUGGUUCAAUUGAUUUAACUGACAAAGCUGAGGUUAAUCGAUUAAUCCAAUCUAUAGAAGAAGCCGCAUAUAACGAAGAAAAUCGAAAGCCUGACGAAGAAGAAGAGCCCGAAAGUGAAAGUGAAAAAGAGACAUUUUUUACCUCUCUUUUACAUUACUUAUUGGAUUUCAUUUUAAUAGUAAUCGAUUUGUUGUCAUAAACUGACCAUUAUGGACUCACUAAAGCUUAGCUUGCAUUGCUCACUUCAAACAAUUUCUCCUUACCUAUUCUUUAAUUAUCUCCUCUCGUAUGUUCAUAGAUUCAUCAAUUGCUGAUAGAUUUUUCCAGUUGAUCCAAAUGGAUUCGUCGCCAUCUUCAAUUAAUUUCAAGUACUUUCAGCACUUGAUUAAAAGCUUUUCAUCGUUGUCCUUAACAAAUUUCAAUUCAAAUAGCUUGCUGAGGAUGUUGGAAGCAAUUUAAAACAAUCAUUGUUAUUGUUAAUUCUCAUCAUUGAAGUGAAUACGAAAGCAAUACCAUAAACGAAUCAAGCCAUCGAAAAGUCUUCCGUUUGAGAAUCGCAACCUGAGGAAUUCAAAAUUGAACUUCCUUGUUCGAAGAAAGUAUCUCGUAAAAAUGGUCUCCUGAACAGAUUUGAUUCAUUUACCAUCAGUAGAUGAAACGGGUUUCCAGAAAAUUUCGCAAGAUAAGAAGGAAUAAGAAAUUGUGCCCUUAUUUUCAACCUAAUCAAAUGAUUAUUAAUCAAUGUCCAAACAUUUUUUUGUUUCUAUUCAGCCAUUUCAAUCAAAUAUUUUGAUUUGAGUGGUUUUCUUGCUGUGAUCAUCGCCUCAACUCUCAAAAACUCAGUAGCCAUUUUUCUUGUCACUCUUCAUGACAUAAAAAUAUUUUGAUACAUUCAAAUAUUCACGGUAAACAUAAAUCAAGUGAAAUAAAAAAGACAAAAUUUUGUUGAAUUUUUAUCUCUAAAA